GCACAUGCGCACACCUGCACGCGCCAUUUUGUUGGCUGUUGAAGGGUCGGUGCCGGCAGAGCCGGUGAAGGUGUUGGACAGUGGCCGGUGUGGCCCUCAGGAAUGGCUGCGACCCGGUAUCGCCGCUUCCUGAAACUCUGCGAGGAGUGGCCUCUGGAUCAGACCAAGAAAGGCCGAGACCUCGGGGCUUUCAUCCGCCAGAAAGUGGCGCAAGGUUUCCGAGAAGGGGAGAGCUCCCAGAUUGCAGAUCCAGAGAAAUGUGAUCGGAUGUAUGAAAGUUUAGCCAGGAUUCAUUCUGCUUAUUACAAAAAUAAGUACCCUCGUCUCAGAAACACAAGUUUCACUGGUGUAACUGUGGAAGAAUGCCGACUGGUCCUUGCAACAGAUAACAUGAAACAGUUGGAAGAAAUGAAGAAAGGAAUGUGGAAAAAGAUACGAGAGAAGUUCACACGCAAGCCAGAAGAUGCCACCAAAGAAUAUGCCUAACAGUUUACCUUGUUAGGACUACUGCUUCAUUUUAUUUACUGCAAUUUCUAAACAAUAGUGAUCUAGUUUCUAGGGAGACAUUUCAUAACUGUGUAGAUGUUUGUGGAAAUAAUAUGUUACAUAAGUAAAGGAUUGUUAAAAAAUAUGUUUUGGUGACUGAAUUAUACUUGGCACAUUUUCUAAAAUCUAAUUCUGAAUCCCAGUUGAUUUAUGAAGUUUAAAAAUGUUGCCAUAUCCAAUUUUCCCAAGUAAUAGAUUAAUGGAAAAAUUCCACAAAGCAUAGGAUAAUCUUUAUCAUGUAGUUCAUAGAGAAAGAAGCUAUUUCUGACUUCAAAAUUUUAAUAAAUGUGCAACCAAGAAAA